AUGGUCUACGAACCGAAAACCACCCACCCCAACGGCCUCCGUCUGCUUGCACUCGAUGGCGGCGGCGUCCGUGGCAUCGUCGCGCUCGUGCUGCUCGAAGAGGUCAUGAAGCGCGUGCAGAAGCGCAAGGGCCUGGCAGAGGUGCCGCUGCCCGCCGACUACUUCGAGCUCGCAGCCGGCACCAGCACGGGCGGCAUCAUCGGCAUCAUGCUGUUCCGGCUGCGCAUGUCCGUUGCGGACACCAUCACGCAGUACUUCAAGAUUGGUGAGGAAGUCUUCAGCCCGAAAGUGUACGGGUGGAACAUUGGCAAGGUGCUGCCCGUGAGCGUGGCGUCGUUUAUCAACAACAGCAAGAACGUCGUGCAGGACAGCCGCUUCGACGACGCCUCGCUGAAGAAAGCCAUCAACGACGUCGUCGGCAAGUUUGGCCUCGACGAGAACGACAUGGAGAAGAAGGGCGACGCACCACUGCACCACCCCCUGGCCGCGCGGGCCUUCUGCUGCACCACCGCCCAAAACAAAUGCGAAUCCGUGCUCCUGCGCACCUACGACCCCACGCCCAUGGACAAACAGCACUACAAGCCCUCCGCGACCUCCAAAAUCAUGGCCGCGAACCCGCACCACGUAACCAUCAGCCUCGCCGCGCGCGCCACCUCCGCGGCCCCCACCUUCUUCCCGGAAGUGCACUUCCCGCCCACCCCGAAGCCCUCGCGCCAGGGCCUCACCUUCUGGGACGGCGGCCUGCUCAACAACAACCCCAUCGACCAACUCUGGUACGCGCGCUACGAACUCACCCCGCACGCCUCCCCGCCCCCGCGCAUCGCCAGCGUGCUCAGCCUGGGCACCGGGUAUAUCCCCGCCGAGUCACCCGGGGCCGCGUGGUUCCAUCUCAGCGGCGUGGUCUCGUCGGUGAUGGACUUCAGCACGAACACGAACGCCAAGGCCAAGGACUUUACGCGGCACGUCGAGCGGCUGCGGUUCCGCGCCGAGCACGGGCGCACGCUGUAUGUAAGGCUGAAUCCGAGGCUGGAGGCGAAGAUUGGGUUGGCGGAUUAUACGCGCAUGGAGGAGUUGAGGGGGAUUACGAAGGGGUAUUUGGCGGAGGCGGGGAGUCAGGAGUGGGUCGAGAAGGCGGUUUGUGGGGUGUGUUGUGAGGGGUGUGAGGGGUGUAAAUAA